UAAAUGUCACAUGUGGCAUUAGUGGCAUUGGUACCCCAUUGGAAGAGUUAAUUUUGUCGAAUGUGACCCUUUUUUGGAUUAUUGUUACACCACUUUCUUACUUCUCCUCCCUCUCCUUCUUCUUCUUCUUCUUACACUUUCAUACUAGAAAAUAAUAUUUACACCCAAACCCACCCACUACUGGUAGAUUCAUUUCAACCCAUUACUCCAUUUUCCUGGAUCUCACUAUAAUAUACUCACUCGUUCACUCCAUAUAGAGAGUGAAAGAGAGAGAGAGAGAGAGAUGUCGAGGCGAUCUGGGACCUGCUUGAGGUGUUGUCUAGUGGUUUUUGCUGUGGUUUCGGCUCUUGCCGUGUGUGGUCCGGCUCUGUAUUGGAGGUUCAAGAAGGGUAUAAGCGUUGAGGAUCAAAAAGCCUCUUGUGCUCCUUGCGUCUGUGACUGCCCUCCUCCAUUGUCGCUUCUCAAGAUUGCUCCUGGUUUAGCUAAUCUCUCAAUCUCAGAUUGCGGAAGUAAUGACCCGGAACUAAAGCAGGAAAUGGAGAAGCAAUUUGUGGACCUUCUGACUGAGGAGUUGAAACUGCAAGAGGCUGUUGCCGAGGAACACAACCGGCACAUGAACGUCACAUUUGCUGAAGCAAAAAGGAUAGCUUCUCAAUACCAAAAGGAAGCAGAAAAAUGCAAUACUGCAACUGAAACUUGCGAGGGGGCCAGAGAGCGUUCCGAAGCAUUGCUCACCAAGGAGAGAAAGGUAACUUCAACAUGGGAACGGCGUGCUCGCCAAAUGGGUUGGGAAGGAGAAUAAGUUUCCUUCAAAUUUCACUACAAAUUUUUCAGUUCAAUAUUUUAUACAUGCACUUGCAGCCAAGCCAAUUGCUUGGAUUCUUCUUACCUUGCUAAGCUAAGCUUCAAUUUCCUUCUCUCUCUCUCUCUCUCUCUCUUGUCCCACAAAUUUAGUUGAAUUGUUCACAAAUAGCAUGUAUGGUCGGAUUUUUACUCUGUAAAAGGAAUGUUAUGGAUCUAUAUUUACUAUAAAGAUAUGAUUGUGAUUA